CUCUAGUCUUCGUUUUGACACUUUACGGAAGUUUAAACUGACAUCUGUCACAGUGUAUUUGUUCUAUGAUCUGACAUUCCAAUGCAAAUAAAAAGAUAGGUUAACCAAUCAAAAUCGUGUUUAUAAAAUGAUUAUAAAAUUCCUAAUAUUUUUGAGGGUUUCGACAUAAGGGCAUAUUUUAGAGGAGAUAACAGUGCAGUGUAUUUUUUGUGUUUUAACAGGUCAAACACAUGCUUUUUCGUUUGUGUAGUUGUAUCUCUCCGUCUUUGUGAAAAUGAUCAGAACAACAUUAGCAAAACGCUCGUCAUUAAAACAACUUUUGGACUGCGUUUUCUUAAAAUCCAGUGCAAGCACGUCUACGUUCAUACGACCCGUUCACCAAACAACGGAGCCCACGCAGAACCACUUAAGUUCAAACAGCACCAAAUCAAAGGAAAAAGACUUUUUGGUAAAAUUGAAGACUGAUCCAGAUACGUUCGGGCCCCCUAAAGAAUUAGAAGUGUAUGAUGAAGGUGAUCUGCAGGAGGAACGGUAUUUUGAAGACCAGCCUUUACCAUCACAAAAACUACGAACUAAACAGUAUGCGGAUUUGAUAAAAGACUAUAUAAAAAAUCGUCGCAUUAAAGAAGCCAUAGAUUUAGUUGAAGUGAGGAUGAUAAAGGAGGACAGAGUUAAACCUGAAAACUACAUCUACAACUUACUUUUAGGUGCUUGUGGUAGAGUCGGAUAUACCAAGAAAGCUUUCAAACUUUACAAUGAUAUGAAAAAAAGAGGACUUAAGGUUACAGGUGGUACAUAUACAGCUCUAUUCAAUGCUUGUGCAAACAGCCCGUGGGCUUCAGAUGGCUUAAGCAGAGCCAAGAAACUCUACCAAAUCAUGAUCGAAAAAGGUUACGAACCGAAUGAUACAAACUACAAUGCAAUGAUAAAAGCUUUUGGUCGAUGUGGUGACUUAAACAUGGCAUUUACUCUUGUUGAUGAAAUGAUAACUAAAGGUAUCCGUCCACAGGAAGACACUCUUAAUUUCUUGUUCCAAGCAUGCAUAACAGACAAAGAUGCAGGGUUCAGACAUGCCUUGCUUGUAUGGCGUAAAGUAGUCGAUAGAAAAAUCAAGCCAAAUAUAUUUACGUACAAUCUAAUGUUACGUUCUAUUAGGGAAUGUGGCAUAGGUGACGUUGAAGUUACACAGGAUGUUAUAAAUAAGCUAGUUUCAAAUAAUACGCUAUUACAAGGUGAAGACCAAAAAUUGCUAACAUCCGGUACAACUCAAAUUGAGGGAGGUGACAAUCAUCACCAGCAAGCAUUGUCAAUAGAGGAUGCGAUCAGUAUUGUUGAAAAUAACAUAGAGCCAGCAACGGAAAGCAAUGCAAAUGAUAUAAAAACUAUUCAAAUGAAAAUAGAUACAAUGAUUCGACCUAACUUGAUGGCAUCGCAACCACAUCUCGGAAACAUCAUUUCGCUGGCAGAAGUGAAAAAGCCGGAAGAAAGGUUAUUGCUAGUGGGAGGAUUCAAAGAUUUUCUGGCAAACAUGAAAGAACAUAACUGCCAGCCUGACAUCAAGACAUUUUCAUUGUUGCUGGAUGUGAUUCCGAGUUCGUUAGCUGCUGAGAAGGAUCUGCUUAAUGCUAUGAAGAAGCUGAAAGUUAAGCCAGAUAUAGAUUUCUUCAAUAUGCUGAUUAAGAAGAGGAGUAUGAGGUUCGACUAUGAGGCUGCGAAGGAAGUUCUGGAAUUGAUGGAUUUAGAAAUGUACCAACCAAACUUAAUUACUUAUGGAGUUUUAUCUUUGGGCUGCAAAACGAAGGAACAGGCAGAGGAACUCAUUGGUGCAAUGACAGAAUCAAACUACAGGUUAAAUACUGAAAUUUUGGGCACAAUGUUGAAGCAAGGCUGUUACCAUGUAAACUUUAAUUACGUCAUGUACAUAAUGGAUUUGUGUGAAGCAGAAGGCGUUAGACCAAACAAGAAAUUUAUCGAAACAUUGGAAGAGUUCAAAAAACGCUGCAGGGAACUUCAGAAGUCUGAUAAACUAUCUCCAAGAAAGACGAAUCUCUUCUGUAACUUCAGGCAGAAACUCAAAACAUGGCAGGGCCAAGUCAAGGUCGACGACAGUGAAGAUGUGCAUCCAUGGCAGCAAUUUAGAGAAAGCAAUGAGGAAAAUAAGUAUUAUAAGAGUAAAGACGAUAAGACUAGGUUUAAGCCAAGACACGCGUCACGAUUUAAAGUGAAAACCUCAAAAAAACACUUACGAGCGCAAAAUUAGUAAUGUCAGAACAUGUUUUUGUUGCAACUUUUAUGUAGCCGUUGAUCAAUAAAGUUUUUAUUUCAUUCUAUA